CAUUUCGCCGUGUUUGACACUUCUUGCGCAUACACAGUCCAUGUGCAGAACAAAUAAUAAAUUGCAAAACAUCUAUUCGAUGUGCAUUUUUUUGUGUGUAAAAUUUGGAUGAAGUGUGUCAUCAAAUGAAAUGCCAACACUUGGACAUUUUUACGCUGAGUUCAGCCCAACAAUUUAUUUUACUAAACAAAAAUCGUUUGUAUUAUAUUCGAUUUAAGAUGGCUUUUAGAUGUGUGUGUUUGUGAGAGAGAGAGUCUGUGAUAAUCAAGUAAUUCCGUGACAUACUCGUUUGUGCACCGUGUAAAUCUGCGUGUGGUUUAUUUUUCUGUUCAUUCUUAGUGUUUCUCACAUGACCUGCAUGUUAAAAUAGACAAUGAAUGUAGAGUGCGAAUAUUGGCGCACACAAAUGAUCAAUUUGAAAAAAUUACGGCCAACAUAACACUAAGUGCGAAAAUUGUAUUGCUUCGAAAGCACACAUAUUUCGCCACACAAUAAUAACACAGAGUGCUUUAUUUAUGUCUCGUGAUCACAGAAAAACAUCGUAUAUACAAUAAUAAAUCAACAGACACAGAUCACACUUUAUAGUUUAACUAAAUUCGAUUUAAAUUGACAAUUAUUAUUCAAUUUUAAUUGGGUUGUUUGUUGCCAAAGAUAAUAUACAAUAAAAGCGGAGAGGAAGUGACACUCAAACAAAUUGCUUGGACUGCUGCUACUGUAAUCAGAUUCAAAUGUUUGAUUGUUUAUUUGCGUAAUUUGUAGGAUUGUAUAUAAAUAAUGUGUCAAUAAAAAGAAAAUCAAAAUAAAUGACAGCCACGACGAUGUCAACGCAAUAAGAAUUGAUAAACAAAUAAACCGGUUGGUAAUCGAAAACAAUUGAAGGGCACGAACGUGACCAAAAUGGAAUUUGUAGACGCUGAUUCUGUUGAUGGUCACAUUGACACCGGUAUCGAUCUUAUUGAUGAGAAAGGAAAUAUUUUGAGAGAUUCUCCGAAUGCAGAAUAUAUGUUAUCGAGCAGUGAUGACAAUAUUGUCGCCUAUCGUAUCGUACAUGUGCCCGAAAAGAAUAGCAAUCAAACAAUUCAAACCACAUCAACAACAUUGAAUAAUUCAGUGACGACGUCAGUGCCACAACAAGUACAAUACAUUGUGAUUGAUGGUUCAAAUGGAUAUUUACAAGCUGUACCCACCACACAAAUGACCGCUGCCACCGCUGCCAAUGUCACCGUCGUUCCCACAACACCAAUCAAAAUUGAACCACAAAAUGCCAAUAAUACUAAUUCAAAUACGUUAAAGAUGCGCACAUCCGUUGCGAUUGCUCCAAAACUGGAUUACCUGCCAUCGACAUCGUACGGCAAUGCAACACCAACCAAUAUCACCUCAACAAAGCAAAAUACAAAUGUUACCGAUCCAUUGGGAUCAUUUAAGAAGCGCGACGACCGACGAAGAGCCACUCAUAACGAAGUUGAACGGAGACGUCGAGACAAAAUAAACCAUUGGAUUAUGAAAUUGGGGGCGAUAAUACCAGCCGACGGGAGUGUAACGGAAAUCGGUGACAGUGGUCGAUUGAGCAUAGCUGCUAUCGAAGGUCAAUCAAAAGGAGGCAUUCUAUCGAAGGCGUGUGAAUAUGUACAAAUGCUACAAGAAAAACAAAGUACACGAAAUGCAUCAUCAUCGUCGUCGUCAUCGUCGUCAGUCGACAAUAGUACCCUUCUCGAACGGAAAAAAUACGAGGACGAAAUAGCACGUUUACGUGGCGAAAACGAAUUGUUAAAGGCAAUACUCAUUAAAAAUGGUAUAAAUUAUGUAAAAGAACGAACUUCAAUCAAAUCCAAUGAAUAUUCGUAGCUUUGGGAUCAAAUCGAUACGUUUUAGAAAACAAAACAAAAAAAAAAUGCAUUAAAAAUGUAUGUGAGAAGGACACGACUGCAAUGUGCAUGUACAACAAAUAAGUAUUCGAUCCUUGCGUUAUUAUUUCUUUGUGGCUUUGUUUUAUAGGUAAAUUUUUUACCAAAUUCAAACUAUUGUAUAUUGAAAGGCGUGUACAAAUGGUAUUUUCACACGCAGAAGUUGACACAAUUAUGUUCUUUUAUCACUAAGUAGCCCAAGCAGUAUGCAAUGACCCAAUACAUAGAGAAAUAUGUGCCAUUUUUUCGAGAUAAGAAAACACAGCAACCGAACAAACGGAAUUUUAUUUGACUUUUCUUUACAUCGAAUCAAUAUUAUAAGUUGAGAGAAAAUACAAAUUUAGGGAUUAAUAUUGUAUAUUAGAUGUGGGAAAAAGUGUUUAUCUCAUUUUACCGAAGCUCAAGAUCUCCAUUUCCACCUAGUUUUUAUUAUUUAAUGAUAGAGAAAUUUAACCUCAUCCCGCUUCCAAAAAAAGAGAGAGAGUAAAAUUGUUGCAACCAAAUUCAUCUUAUUAGCGAAACACAAAUGUUUGUAAGAAAAAAACCAAUAACUAGAUUCAUUUUAAAGUGGAGUUAAAUUGUUUUAAUUAUACAUAUGUAAAUAAGUAGAGAAAGUGGUUAUCUUGUUAUCUCGAAUGCAAUAAUAAAAAU